GUAUUUCUUGGGAUACUUUGCCAGAUGAAUUGCUGUUGGGAAUCUUUUCCUGUCUAAACUUGACUGAUUUACUGAAAGUUUCCCAGGUUUGCCGGAGAUGGCAUCGCCUUUCGCUUGAUGAGUCGCUUUGGCAAAGUCUUGAUCUUGCAGGUAAAAAUCUUUUGCCAGGAGUGAUUGGCCAAUUGUUGCCCUUGGGAGUGAUCGCUUUCCGCUGUCCAAGGUCCUGCAUCGCGACACCUUUGUUUAAAACAAGCAGGGCUCUUUGUGUGCAACAUCUGGAUUUAUCGAAUUGUACAAUAAAUGUUAUAGAUCUCGUAGCUAUCCUUGACAGAUGCCAGAGUCUGCAGAACCUCAGCUUAGAAGGUCUCCUACUUUCUUCUGGUAUAGUUAGAAGUAUAGCACAAAACCCCAACUUGGUCCGGCUCAACUUAUCUGGAUGUUCUGGAUUCUCUGCAGAUACCGUGGAAGUGUUGUUGAAAAGCUGUCUGAGGUUAGAAGAAUUGAAUUUAGGCUGGUGUGACUUCACAGCUGAGCAUUUGAAGAUAGUAGUCAGUCAUGUUCCUCCCAAACUAUUGCAACUGAACCUUAGUGGAUACAGGCAGAAUCUCCUGAUCCCAGAUGUUAAAACAUUACUAGAGAGAUGCUCUGGUCUAGUACAUUUAGAUUUAAGUGACAGUGUUAUGUUGAAGCCUGAAUGCUUUGCCUACUUCCACCAACUCAGACACCUUGAGCACUUAAGUCUUAGUCGAUGCUAUCAAAUACCUCCCGCUGCUUUACUUGAACUUGGUGAAAUUGCUACACUCAAAACACUGCAAGUUUUUGGAAUAGUGACUGCCAAUUCCCUACAGCUCUUAAAAGGGACGCUUCCUCAUAUAAAGAUCAAUACCUCCUAUUUUUCACCUAUCGCAAGGCCCACCAUUGGCUGCAAAAAGAACCAAGAGAUUUGGGGAAUCCAGUGCAGACUGAACUUGAGAAAUCUGGCUGGGGUUUAAUACAUCUCAAAAGACUCUUUGACUUCUACCAACAGCAACAUGAGUUCCUCAAGUCUUCACUGAGGAGUUCUUGGCAUUACGUUUUAACCUCACAACUUGCAGUUACUGACCUGGUUUUAUCAGUUUAUGACCAAAUGCUAUCAAGUAUUUUACAAGUUGUAUUUUUAAAAAAUGUUUUAGGUUCCACAACGUACGCUGAGGCCUAUCCAAGAAACGCUAAUCAUGCACAAAUAGUUGCCAUGCAAUAUGCAUGCUUUCCUUGUGGAUUUUUUUUUUUAAAAAAGUAGCUCUAGUUAAUAAAACUUGUCCAAAUGUUCAUGUUCUCUGUUUUAUCCACGCCAGUUGUUAUUGUUUCAGGGAGUAGGGUGCAUUUAUGCUGAUAUACUUAAGAUUCUGGCCUUCAUCUCACAACUCCUAGAAUCAACAUUGGAAUUUUAUUCUAUUUAGAUCCCAGCCCUGGAAUUUCUUGUCUUGUAUCUCAAUACUCACCGAGUACAAAAAAACAACUUGUUGCUAAUUGUUACACAGAUAUUCCUUACAAUGGCACUUGGAUUGGAAUUUCCGUCACUAAGUGAUGUUAUUGUACAGCAUAAUGUCAUUGCUUAGCAAUGGCGACCCCUGCAGACUCUAUGGUCAAUGUUAAGUGAGGUUUGUGAUUCAUUAAGUGAGCACCUCUUGCAACUUCCUGCCGGCUUCCCACAAGCAAAGUCACUGGGAUAGUUGGCGGCUGAGUGAGACAGGGAGUGGUGUAAUAUGUAGGUGGCUGGGGCGGCACAGCAUGAGCACAGUUAGUCAGAAAAGCUUGGUUCGAGUGCAGAGGGGCUGGGGAAAAGUGGACAGAUGGGUAUCUUUCCCACUAAAUUUACUUGUGGGAAGCCAGCAGGGAAAGUGAAAAUUGCAAUCAUGUUAUUGCACUGCAAGUCGGUUGCCAAGUACCUACAUCACGAUCACCUGACAGCCGAGAUAGUAGGAUGGCUGACCAUAACCACCAUUUCUUCAACACCAUUUUAAGUUCAGACAAUGAACAGGUCAUUAAUAAAAGACCCAUACUACAUAUAGGCAGGGGUGAGAUCCUACUGGUUUAACAACCGGUCCGCUGAGCACGCGCUUCACAUGUGCAGUUUAGAGAAAGCUCUCCUUCCACAUGGCAAGGAAAACCGCUGAGGCACAGCAAUCCAGUGUGUUGCGCCAAUCAGCUGGGCUUUGGAAAAAGGAAAUAUAGGCGAGUAUAACGC